CCCCACCCCAGCCCCGUGACACCGUCGGGUUCACAGCCUGGGCCUCUGUGGCGCCGUGGGAAUCCGGACGCAGCCGUGCGUGACCCUGGCGAACAACUGGGUGUCCCAGGGUUUGAGCCCUGUGUGUGACCAGUUCCCCCCCGUGGUAGAGCCAGAUCCCAGGUUCUGGUUACUUUCCCUUGGGGCGGUCAAUAGGGGCCUGCCAGCCAAACCUGGGCUGCCCGACGCUUUCAGACAGACCCUGAAAUAUUUGUAUUUAUUUAUUUAUUUGUCAUCAUUAUUAUUCCUGUAUUUUCUCUGGAGUCUGGACCUUGACCAAGAAUUUGGAACUUGACCAAAAAAAUGAUAGUUACCACUGCUGGGCAGAGAUCCAACCCGCGUGGACGGAUGACCUGUCCGCGCUCGUUUGUCUCUCUCCUGCAGGAUCUGAUGCCGGUGCUGGUCCUAAGAGCCCUUCCAGCGAGUCUGAGACUGAGCUGGAGGCUGCCCGGCUGGGGCAGGACAUAGGCCAGGGACGUUUCCCAUCGAGCUGGGGCCAUGAGGCUGGUCCAGUUCCAAACCGGCUCGGAUGGGCCCAGGAUUGGGCUGGAGGAGAAAGAUGGUGGCAACGUGAUUGAUUUAAAUGCUUUCGACCCCUCCCUGCCCAGAAGGAUGAGGGAGUUCCUGGAGGAAGGGGACGCAGCACUGGCCGUAGCGAGACGGGCUCAGGAGUCUGGCCAGCACAUCCUGCCACGCUCUCAGGUGACCCUCCUGGCCCCCAUAACCAACCCGGGGAAGGUGAUCUGCGUGGGGCUGAAUUACGCAGACCACUGCCGGGAGCAGAACGUGAACAUCCCCGAGGAGCCCAUCAUCUUCAGCAAGUUUCCCAGCUCCAUCACUGGCCCCUACGACGACAUCAUCCACCCGGCCGAGAGCAACGAAGUUGACUGGGAGGUGGAGCUGGCAUUUGUCAUCGGGAAGAAAGGGAAGCACAUCAAGGAGUCAGCCGCGAUGGAUCACGUCGUGGGAUUCAUGGUUGCCGAUGACGUCACCGCCAGGGACUGGCAGAUGAAGAGGAACGGGAAUCAGUGGCUCCUCGGGAAAACCUUUGACACUUUCUGCCCCUUGGGCCCUGCCAUUGUCACCAAGGACUCUGUGACAGACCCUCACAAGCUGGGAAUCCGUUGCAAAGUGAACGGGGAACUUGUCCAGGACAGCAACACCAAUCAGAUGAUCUUCAAAACGCAGGCGCUGGUCGUGUGGGUCUCCCGGUUUGUCACACUGUUCCCUGGAGAUGUCUUCCUCACCGGGACCCCCCCUGGCAUUGGAGCUUUCCGGAAGCCCCCCAUAUUCCUGAAGAGAGGAGAUGUGGUGCAGUGUGAAAUUGACCAGCUGGGAGCCCUCCGAAACAAGGUCGUUUGAGGACGCCCCUCCAGCGCGGUCCCCGGGGCCCAGGAGCGGAUCAUGGACAUUGGGGCGCGUGGCACUCCACAGCAGGAUUUUGCAAUAAAGCUCUCGCGGAAGGGCCGGA